AUUCGACGCUUCUCCGCAUCUGGGCGCAUUUGGAGGUGAUACGUACCUACCCGUGACCUUAGCAAGCUUCAGCUUCCAGCUUCGCUCACCCGCAACCCGUUCCCCCGUGCCGUGGCAGGCCGCGGCGAGAGCUUUCCCCAGGUUCUGGGGGCUGAGUUGGACUUGGGACCUAGGGAUUGGCGUGGUGGUGGUGCCAGACCCCGAACUCGUAGUGUAGCAAGCCAAACAUCUCCUCCCUUGUGUCACAUUCAUCUUGUCCCUGCCACACACACACCUCCUCCUCCUGAAGCUCUCUCUCCUUUCACUCCUCUGCCUACUACUACCGCCUUCACUUUACCAGAAAGUGCGGGGGAAUCUGCAGAGAAACGAGAGACACACACCAUUGUUGCACGGUUGUAGCCCGACCUCCUCCUCAACUCAUCCAAUUAUAUCCAUCCCAUUUGCCUAGACUGCCAUUUCAAGCACGGGCGAGACCACCACCACCACCUUGACACCUAACCGCUACCUUUGCAUAGGUUGCUACUACCACCACAAGCCAGCGUACCAACCUAAUCGUCCGUCCGCUGCCGCCGCCUCCAAACGCCCUUUCUGCACGCCGACUUGCUUCCCGUCCUGUGAUAAAUCCCUGCUCUCGGGUGCUUCCUGCUUCUUGCCGAUCGAGACGUAUCGAAUUCGCUCUCCUUCCUCCUUCACAUCCCGUACCAGAGGCUUGUUCUUGCUGAACAAAGAGCACGUUUUGUCACCUUUGUUUGAGUAGACAAAACGUCCCUUGGCUCAAGCAGAAGAAGAAGAAACGACACCUCUUGGUCACCAUACACCUCCUCAUCUCACCUACCUUCUCCAAAACACCCUUUCUUUGCCCAAUCCCCUCCCCAAAACCACCAAAGGCAAAGAUGCUGAGCCAGCGAUUGGUGCGAGCAGCCGGCGCGGCGACCCCGCGUUCCGCGCUGCGAGCAUUCAGCUCCACGAGCCAGCAGCUCAAGGUGCCCUCCAUGGCCGACGUCAGCGCCGCGCCCAAGAGCGUCGCCUCCUUCAACGACAAAUCGAAGCAAUUCCGAGAGCAGUUGGUCGAGCAGCAGAAACAGCGGGAAGCAAGUGCGUAUACUCAAUCCUCCUCCUCCCCUGCCUCUUCCUCUGAGCCCGCCCAGGACUCAUCCGUGAGUGCUACUUCAGGACAGAAGGCCGAGGCCACACAGGAGCCUUCGCGCAAGGCCGGCCCCUUGACCAACCUCAUCUACGGUACCAAGGAAGGUCGCGAGCUCGAUGCUCAGCUCGAGGCAAGCUUCAGUCAGGUUCUUGCCCGAGGCAAGUACGUCCACUCGAUCGUCCAGCACGAGGUCAAGCCCGACAAGGUCGAGGAAUACACCAAGCUUGUUGGCAGCUGGUACCCGCGCAUGGCUUCCAUGCCCGAGAAUAAGGUCCAUCUAGUUGGAAGCUGGAGAACCGAAGUUGGAGACUGUGAUACGUUUGUCCAUAUUUGGGAGUACCAGCGCUACCAGGGUUAUCACGAGUCAAUCCACAACAUUGGCUCGCACCCCGAAUUCGCCGAGUUCGAUAAGAAGCUUAAGAGCCUCAUCACCUCGAAGAAGACGUCCCUCAUGCAGGAGUUCUCCUUCUGGCCCACCACGCCUCCCCGCCAGCUUGGCGGCAUCUUCGAGCUCCGAUCAUACACUCUCCACCCCGGCAACCUCCUCGAGUGGGAGACCCACUGGAGACGCGGCCUCAAGGCGAGACGCGAGGUCAUGGAGGGUGUCGGCGCUUGGUUCGUGCAGAUAGGAGACCUGAACACCGUUCACCACUUGUGGCAGUUCGCCAACCUCGAGGAGCGAAAGAUCCGCCGCGAGAAGAGCUGGAGCGUCGAGGGCUGGAGCGAGACUGUCCACAAGACUGUGCCUCUUAUUCAGAGCAUGAAGUCGAGAAUCUUGAUCCCGAUGCCCUGGUCUCCUGUGGCGUAAUCGUGGGGGGUUCUUGGACUCUUACUCGGCUCAGCUGCGUAACUGCUAUGCGUGGCAUCGCAUGCUUCUACAUAUCGCCCAUAUCAGCUUUCAUUUGUCGAUGCCUACGAGGCCAACACACUGGGUAUGCUGACCGACAUGAGGAAUCAUCCUGGUUCAGCGUGUGUGAGGCCAACGAAGGCAACUAGGGAUGGACUGCUUUAGGGAUUACGUUUUCCAACUUUAGGAAGACAGAUGGCUUGGUUUGAUCAUGGAAGAAGGUUUCCAUUUGGCGACUUGUAUGUGUACAAGAUUCUGGUAAACAAGACCAGCACAUAGGAAUUUGAAAACAGUAACCUUGCC